AUCCGCGUACUUCCGGUCCAAGAGUUUGUAAACAAUGAAAGGAGAGAUGGAGUCGUCAAGAGGUCUCACCUAAAAAUAUUACCUCAUUUAAUAUCUAGGCCAUAAUAAAUACAUGUUACACGUCACGCAUGCGCGCACAUAUGCAGUUAUUCAAACAGUCGGCAAAAAUACAUUUGCAAGGACUUUUAAAAACAUACAUUUGUGUGUGAAAACAGGACAGCUGGCGUCUGUUUUUCUACAAACCAGACCGAUAUCAGACAAAGCGUGCUGCAAAGACAAAGAGGACGACCUGUGAGGAAACCCACCCGAACACACGCCUGUUAAAGAACAUACAGAGGUGAAUUUGGAGGGGUUGUUGUGAAGGGUAAGCUCAAUGGGGAACUGUCUGUCUUCUCAAGGCGCCGAUGAUCUGUCCCUGCUGAACGAGUCCGAGGGGGCGAGUCUGCCCGGAGAGCCUCCGCCGCCCUACCAGGAGCGAGUGCAGGUGCCAGUGUACCAUCCAACGCCCAGUCAGACCCGGUUGGCCACCCAGCUAACCGAGGAGGAACAGGUCCGUAUCGCUCAGCGGAUCGGGCUCAUUCAACACCUGCCUCGUGGCAUCUUCGACCCGGGCUCAGAACCUUCUGAAAAGAAGAUUAAAGAGUGUGUAAUCUGCAUGAUGGACUUUGAAUACGGCGACCCAAUCCGGUUCCUCCCCUGCAUGCACAUCUAUCACGUCGACUGCAUUGAUGCCUGGCUGAUGCGCUCCUUCACCUGCCCUUCCUGUAUGGAGCCUGUCGAUGCUGCUCUGCUGGCUUCCUACGAGACAAAUUGAGAGUGUCUGCGCAAACCGAGGGUCACGCAGCCGAGUCACAUCAGCCAAAAGCCUUGAACUGCUGAGAGAACUUGUAUAGAUAAAUAAAGGUGUGUGUACUCAGACUGUAAAAACAGGAUCCAGUGUUAAAACCGAGAGACCCUGGUAGGGGGUUUAAAAACCUUUUACUUGCAUGUCAAAGCGUGAUUGAUGUGAAAAUGAAGUUUGGCGAGGUGGAAACCACCUAUGCAUCUCUAAUGAAGAUAGUCUUUCAAAGGACACAUUUGGGAUUAAAUGAUUUCAUUGUGUAUUUUUUUCUUCAACCAAAUGUGCAAUACGUUCAAGAGGGACUCGCACCUCUCUCAUUGGAUGUGAAACUCACCCCUCACCUAAAUUUUGCCAAUGAGGUUAUUCCUUACUGAACUUUGUGAGUCUAAUGGGUGGGGUUUUAAUUUCAGUUGGCUUUGAAUGUGCCUUUGAUGGCUGAGCAUUAAAAUGCUGAAAACCUUAAUGAAAUGGAAAAAAAGAAUGAAAAUACCUAAUUUAUAUAAGAACAUAAUCACGCAUUUGCUGCGAUUUUUCUUUUCUGUACACUUGUCUAAAUAGCUUCCCAACAUUUUGACACUGUCUCGUGAUGUUAUAUUGUGUUUAGUUGUGAUAAGAUUGGUCGGCUGCUGUUUACCGGGUUCUGGGGUGUAAAGUUGCCUUUAUACAGUGGUUUUGAAAGCUUUUUACUCAGUUGCUGUUGCAGUAUAUGUCAGAUCCUGUAUGUCUCUCUACUUUAUGGUUAGAAUUGUGUUUACUAAAGUUUUCCUUAUUUAAUGGGUUUUUUUUGUCUUGGAAGAGGAAUAGUAAUGAUAUAAUCACCAAUCGUUGUGCACCUUUUCAAAUUCUGUCCACUGUAUAUUCGGUGGACGUUUUACAGUAAUUCCUAGUGUUCCUAUAUAUCCUUCAUGCAAAAAAAUGUUGUUAUGGAAAAAACAGAAAGCAAAAUCGGUGAACGCUUCUGUCAGUUAUGGUUAUGCCUGUCCAUCAUAAUCUGAACUCCUUGUGCUAAAAAGCAAGAUUUUCACCUUCAUUGUUUUGUUUGUGUAGUCUCAGAGAUGCUCAGUCGGGUUAAUCGUUUGGGACUGAUUUAUGUUUAGCCAGGAAAUAUUUUUGCACAAUGCUAUAUUCUACUCAAGUAUAUGGUUUCCCGGUGUAUUAAUAUCCUGAAAUCAUCCUAGAAAGUAAACCGCUCUUAGAUUUAAUUAUGGAUAAGUUAUUCUUUCUCCAGUGAUAUAUUAUUGAAUCCAAUUUGAGAUGUAGCUCCACCACACGUAAACUCUUGUGAAGUACAAUCAUGACGGCGUUUGUUAUAUUUCGUUUAAAAUUGAAAUUCAUUUCAAGUUGCUUGUUGGUGCCAUAUAAAUGUAGGUUUGCCAAAAAAAGAAAAAAAUGCAGAGUUUGCAGAAUUCCUCUGUCACCGUUUGUACUAUUCAAAUUCUCUGUUUCGUCUGUGUGCAACAAUGGCACAAUAAUCGGAUUAUAACACAAUAAAUGUUGCCAAAUCCU